CAGGAAUCAAGGGACGCGGGACUAUUGAAUUUCAGGAAUUAAGGGACGAGGGAGUAUAAUAUGUGUUUGCUUAGAGUUUUUAGAAUUACGUCGCACCACCACGACCACCACUAACGAAAAGUAAUGACUGGCAUGCUACAAAGAAACAAGUAAGUGUAAGUUUACUUCUAUCAACGAAUGAUCUACAACACCAAGGAUUCCAGUUGUUGACAUCAAAAUCAUGAAGGCCUCCAAGAAUGCAGCAAGUGCUCUCUUCACCUCGUCGCCGUCGUCCACCACCACGCCUGCACCUCCUUCGUUCCGAAUCACAUCACUGCUUUUCGGCUACUAUGUCUCGAUCGGAACGGUACAACUUUUGGCCACCAAAGCCUCCGAACGAAAUGGCCGGUUGCAGUACAACACCUCCUUCGUCGUUCUGCUCAUCGAACUCGCAAAAGUCCUGGCAGCAUUUGGGCUAUCAUGCUUCUCGGAAAGAAAGGGCAUGUUUGCGUCGAGAAAGAUUAUGGCAAGGAGAUCUUUUUUGCGUAAUCGAAAACUCAAAAUAACCGAGUUACUGAGUGAAAUAAGGGAGGUAGCUUAACGCCAAGUGGGUGCUCUUCCUUCUCAUCAGUAUCUCGCCUCUAUAUUAAGUAGUUACUCGCUUAUUUCAGUUUAUCGAAUACUUCUAGGGGCGGCUCCUUGUUCAUGCAUGACUAGAUAUUCAUUUUCCCUCGUCCAAGGCAACAAACACGACAAGGUUGAUAAGUAUUCAAUACUGCUCAUCCCCACUCAACAGCAUCAAUACCUUAAGUUUAUAAGUUGAACUCCAACUCUUGAUCUUGUUCUAGUGCCCUCACGGACGAGACUAAAUAAAACCUCGUCUCACCUUCAUAUCCUCCACGAUCGCUACAUGCCUCUCCUUCGUACACUCUGGUGGACCGCGGUACGCUGCGCCAGCGUUUUUCUACGCUGUCCAGAAUAACAUGAACAUCUUGGCCAUCCCCAUGUUGCAUCCGCACAUCUUCCAGUUGUUCAACAAUCUGAAAAUUGUUUCGGCCGCGAUUUUUACGGCACUGCUGCUAGGAAAGCGGUACGGAACACGACAGUGGUUAGGCAUGCUCACUCUAGUCGUGGCAUGUUGCGUGAGUAGGUUGGACGUCUGUGUCAGUGCCUGGAAACAAGUGACGAGACAAGCUUCUCAAGGCGGUGCGGAAGUUGGCAUCAUUAUGGUGGAGAAUUUCUUGAGCCUAGCUAUGACGCCCUCAAGGCAGUCUGCACUGCGUAGUUGUUAAGGAGAUUAAGAACUCCCCCCUAUGCCGGUAUCCACGCGGAAAAUACGCAGGUAGGUUUUGACUUAUCGGAACUCGCUCGCACUACAAAAAAAAAAAAUGUGUGCGAGAUUAAUUGGACUGUAUUGCAUUGUAGAUACAUUUACAUCUCAACCAAGUAGACUUGUUAUGCAAAAGAAUACUUGCUUGAGAAGUCCUGUCGUUUGCAUGUAUUGUUCUGGUAUUUUUCGGUACCCUGAUUUUGACUCAAAAACUCCUUCCUCCUUCAUACCAGUCGACGACGAAAAAGACCGUGUGUUUCUUCUCGGAUUGACGCUGGCCUUAGCCUCAGUAGCAACCUCAGGCGUUGCUGGCGUUGUAAACGAGUACGUACUCAAAAUCGGUGGUAGCACAGAGCAUGGCUUCUGGCAGAAGAACCGGUUCACAUAUCAAUGGGGUGUGGUGUUUAACUUAGUGCCCUUGGUGUGGAAAAUGAACAAUUAUCAUGGCGAUGCGGGACGACCAGCUAGUACAUUAGAAGGUCGUGGUGGCCCAACAUCUUCAUCAGACUUUUUCACUUCCCUCUUCACCGGCUUCACCCCAAUGGUGUGGUUCCUAGUCGCUGUGAAUGCAGCUCUUGGGGUGUCGAUAUCGUUGCUUUUCAGGUAUUUCGACAAUGUGACCAAGUCCUUUGGCGGACCGAUGAUUUUGUUUCUGACGACCUUUUUCUCCUGGCUAUUGCUAGGAUCAGAAAUUGGGAUUCAAUUCAUAGCCGCACUAGGAAUUUACAGCUUGAGCGUUUAUCUAUAUGCGGAUUGGCGGUGCUGCUGUGAAAACGGAAUAAGGACUUUUUUGCUGCCAACAAAGGUGCUUGGUGGGAAAAUUAAAAGCAGUAGGCUAGCAUCUCCGUCAAGAAGUAGGUGGGAGACGACAACGGCUACCGCUAGCGAGACGGAUAUAGGUACUAGCAGAAGAAGGAAAAGUAGCACUACCUCUAACCGUUCAUCAUCGAGGAGUAGAGAAGGAAAAGGGAAAAACUUCGUUAGGAAAAAGGCAGAUUGA